AUGAAGAGAGAGAAAAGAGAUGAGUCGGCGCCAUUACCAUCCCUUCCUUGUGAUCUCAUAUUCAACAUUCUGUUAGGGUUACCCGUCAAGUCUAUUCUCCGAUUCAAGUGUGUGUGCAAGUCAUGGCUCACUUUGUUCACCGACCCUGACUCUGUGAAGAAACAUCUCAGCCGAUCCCAAACCUCCAAACUCAUAGUUUCAUGUCGGUCUUCCACUUCAUGCCCUACACUCCUCGUAGUACCAACAUGUGGUACUGAUGGUGAGAAUCGUGAUCCAAGACCCAUUCACCAUAUUGAAACCAGGGGUAGAAAGUUCAACAUCUUGGGUUCCUGUGAUGGCUUGGUAUUAUAUGGAACUGGUCCUAAUCCCGAUAGGCGUUACUCCAACAGGCUUUACUUGCUGAAUCCUUCGACGGGAAAACACUUGUCAAUUGAAAAUAUUACAGACUCAGAGUCAAACUCAGACUCAGCCUCGUACGGAUUUGGUUAUGAUGAAUCUAUUGAUGAUUUCAAAGUGGUGGCAAUCUCCCCCUCAUCCUAUAAGCUAUAA